AUGCCGCGGGAUCCCCCGCGCGCGUCGCCCUCGAGCGCGACGUCUCCGGCGUCCGCGCGCGUGGAGAAAACGGCGCGAACGUCGACGACGCACACAUCGCGGUCGAGCGAGGUCGACGCGAGCGCCGCGCGCGCGCGCGGACGCGAACGACGAUGCGGGACGAUCGCGACGUGUUCGUGGUGCUUCUCCGUCGCCGCGCACGCGCGCGUGACGGGGGUGGAGCUCGAGGGCGAGCGCGGGGACGGCGACGGCGCGGCGCGAUGCGGGGCGUGCGCGCGAAGGACGACGCGGUGCGUCAAUCACGCGCGGUGUCGAGCGAUGACGCGCGGGGGGGACGGGUGGGACGACGCGAAGUGUUUGGUGUGCGCCGGGAUCGUCCCUGGGGGUGCGUGGUCGGCGGUGGAUCGAGGGGCGGCGGCGGCGGCGCUGGCGCCGCGCGGACGGUGCUCGUGGUGCGGACGGAACGCGAGACACGUCGUCGCGCGCGUCGUGGGACGACGAGGGACGUACGUGAGUCAUUGUUCGAUGUGUGCGAGAGCGACGCACGCGUGCGCGCGGUGCGGGGAGGCGUUCGCGAAGAUUGGUGACGGGCGGUGCGCGAAGUGCGCGGGGUGGGUGCGGGAUUGGGACGCGGAGGAGACGGACGCGAACGAGGGGUUUCACGCGCGCGCGCGCGUCGUCGGGUGGUGCUCGUGGUGCGGUGAGCUCUGUGCGCACGCGCGUCGAGGGGUGAACGAGGGCGAGAAGGGGAAGAAUCCGGAGGUGUUUGAGUGCGCGACGUGCGGCGGCGGCACGGCGAGGUGCGAGCGAUGCGGCGACGAAGAGCGAAUGAUGCGCAAACGAUCGAGACCGGGCGGCGCGGGGUCGUGCGCGCGGUGCGACGUCGAUGAUGAGACGCAGAAGAAGAUUCGCGUCGGCGCGUUCGUCUCCAUUCCCUCUCUCGGCUCGCUCGCGAGGUCGCUCAAGGAUAUGGCCUUGUCCGGAUCGACCAGACGCGCGCCGCGAGGCGAACGGGCAAUCGAGACGGACGAGAUGAUCGAACAGAGAUGGAACGUUCGAACCGCUCGACGCGAGGCCGCGGAUGAGAGCGCGUCCUUCGUGUUCGACGUGCUCGACCGCGAGAGCGAGUACAGGGACAAGGCGUAUCGCGCCGGACUCAUUCGCCCGUUUCUGCUUCUCGCCACGCUGCCGCCGCGCGAACGCGUUCGAUUGGGCAUGCGUCUCGGCAUCGCGUUGCAUCGAAGCUCGGCGUACUUGGAUCCGCACGCGGAGGCGUGGAAGUUACUCAGAGAUCCAGUGUGUGGACUGCAAACCCGAGGAGGGAACGUCUCGCACGUCGUGGAAAAAGUCACCGGCGUCGGCCGCGGCGCGAAUUGGAUUGAUAUUUUGUACUCGACGCUCACGCUCGGCGCGACGACGGGGUCGUGUCCGGCGUCGGAACCGUGCGAAAUCGACGACCUACCAAAGUUCCGCUCGUCGGGACACGCCAUGUUCGCCCUGCGAGUGGCGUCGCACCCGGCGUUGGCGCAAUUUGAGGUGGCGACGAUCCGGCUCGUGAGCCGCGCCCAGCGCGGUCGACUCGCACCGGCGUCGACGGGCGUUUUGGAGAGCGUGUGCAGGCACCCGAGAAUGUCGGCGCUGAAAACGCGAAUGGCGCGGGCGUAUCCGCGUGAUGCGGAUGAGAUAUCGCGACACGCCGUCACCGCGGCGUUCGCGUCGUCCGCGUGGGCGUCGUUCGAGCGACCGCUCACUCCGGUGGACGUCGAAGCCGUGGCCGAGGACGUGUUCGGCAUGUUACUCGACGGCGCGCCGCUCACUCAGAGUUCAAGUCAGGCUGAGCACGAGGACGCGGGCGAUGAUUCGAGCGCGGAUGCGCACGUGUGCAGAGGCGCGCCGUCGCUCCUGGGCGCUCUCGCCGCGUCUACGUCCAUCGGACUGGCUUCGUUCACCGCGGCGCAAUUUGCGCCGACGAAGUUUGCCGUGCUGACGCCCAGGGAUAUCAUGGAUUUAACGACGAGCGUGCGAACGCCGGCGUUGACGUCUUCGGGUAUUUUCGAACCCGUCGCCGUGAUGCUCGUGCACAACGUGCUGCUCGCGGCGAGAAGCGUGCACGUGGAUGAUCAUCUUCCCGCGGACGCCGCGAGGCUUUCGAGGGAUGCGCUCGACUCGGCGCAAACACCAUCCGUGGCCGCCCCGCCGACGCCGACGAGCGCUCUGAGCCCGGGUUCACCCGUGGGGAACGAGCCCGCGUCUCCGUGGUCGCCAAAGUACGCGCAUCUCGGGGUGGACGACGCCGAGGCGCGAUUAGACGAGCUUGAGAACACCGAGGCGUCGGAUAUGUUGAUGCGAUACAUCAACGCACUGGACACGUCUGAUUUGUACGUGGGCGACGAUUCCGUGUUGAGCAGCGAAAAUCUUAGCGACGACGACGAUUAG